AUGUUCGUAGUAUCCCUCUUCAUACCUCUUGUGGCUGGGAACGUCUUUAUGGAAAGCAGUAUUCGGCGUGUUCCGGAAAUAACCGAAAGACAGCAUACGCCGACGAAAACCUACAUGAUAUUUGACCCCUGCAACGCGAACAAACCGGCAAAUCGAACGGUAAGCUGUUCCCAGAUACAAAUGAAGAAACGCAGCAGGAGCGAUGAUUAUGUAAUUUAUCCUCGCAACGACCCAGUAAAUGUUAGGUGUGACAUGGAGUCCGAUGGCGGCGGAUGGACAGUGAUUCAACAACGAACCAAAUAUGAAGUCAACGACAACAACUUCGAGAAACACGAACGAGAUUAUGAGCUUAGAUUUGGAGCAAGCGGGAGCAGUUACUGGAUAGGCAACAAAAAUCUUCAUGCACUUACAAGUUUUCCGAACAACCAACAAUCUCUCAGAAUCGAACUGACAAGAACAGGAGAAAAAAAACCGACAGUUGUGCUCUAUCACAAAUUUCAUGUUGGCUCCAAAGAGGAGAAGUACAAGCUGACCAUCGGCGAAUACGAGGGUCCUGACGGCAGCAGUUACGACGCGUUGUCCUACCACAACGGAGAGAAGUUCACCAUCAAGAAGAGCAUGACACAGACACCCGACAGAGACAAGUGCUCCGCAAGACUAAGUGGUGGCUGGUGGUUCAAGGAAUGCAACGAGGCAAACCUUAAUGGACGUAAAUUCACCUCCCCUUCGCCAAUAAAGGUCCUCGGUAUUACUUGGCACAUCAAAGACAACGAAGAGUCCUACAAGUACAUCUACGAGAAGGUGGAGAUGAAGAUCAGGGACUACGACUAUGGUUUCUGCACGGGCGCUUUUAAAUCCAAAGGUAUCUAA